AUGCCGGUGGAGGUGGUCUUGCAGGGUGCCAUUGGCGAUGUACUCGUACGCAAGGACUGCUCCCGGCAGAAGUCGGUCAGGUGGGAGGAGACCCUCUGCCGAGAUGACAACAGCGUCGAGAUAUCCAAAGGGACGUUGGCGCCCUUGAUUUCCACCUCGCUGGCCGUUCGAAGGGGCCUUGCUUACGAGGUGGACGCUACCCAAAUCCACCUCCAUCGGCGAUUGCUCUGUUUCCCCCGAAACACAGAGACGAAGAUCAGCAAGGCCAAGAACAGGAGGCCGACCAUCACAAAUAGCGUCGCCCAGACAUUGGGAAAUCAGUCCUCAGUUGGAGCGUGCAGGACUCACAGAUGCCGUGGCCGGAAAGCACUGGAGCGGGCAAGCAUUCCACAGGCCGUUGGAGCCUGCGCCGCCUCCCGCUUCCUGCAGCUCUGCGCCUCCGCCCCUCCCUCCCCCCGCAGACGCUCCACCGUCGACCUCUCCCUCGUCGACCUAUCCUCCUACGCCGACGCCCGGGCCAUUCGCAACUCUUCCGCCGCACCAACGCUGCCCGCAACUGCCUCCCUCUCCCUCGCCGACUACCGCCUCGGAGGCGCUUUUUCCUCCGGUACGUCAAAGGCACGCAGCAGGUGGCCGACGCGAUGGCGUCCCUCUACGCCCUCGCCAACCUCACCGGCAGGCUGCAGCGCCGCCUCCAUGGUUGCCGCCCUGCAGCGCUACGGCGGCAACAUGUCCCUGUGGGCCCCGCCGCAGACAGAGUGGGACGGGUACUGGCCACCGGACGUCCCAACCGCCAAAGCUUCAGAGCGCGUCGUCGUCGCCGCCGCUGCCGCCUCCAAAGCAUGGUCUCCAAACGUGACUGUCUGCGAGGACGGUGGUGGCUGCCAGUUCACGAUGGUUCAGGCGGCGGUAGACGCCGCGCCUUCACAAGCCCCGCGGGGUCACGCGAUCUACAUAAAACAGGGGAUCUACGCGGAGACGGUGCGGGUGCCGCUGGAGAAGCCAAAUCUAGCAUUUGUCGGCGACGGCAUGGGAAAGACGAUCAUCACCGGCUUCCUGAACGCCGGCGUCCCCGGCGUCUCGACGUACAACACCGUCACCGUCGGCUUCACCGGCGACGGGUUCAAUGCGACCCGGAGAGUGACCUGGAGCAGCCGGAUUCCGGCGGAGCACUUUGGAGCUUACCCCGUGGAGAACUUUAUACAGGGAAUCAAUGGAUACCUCCCUCUCUGCUAUAAGACUGUAAUUUGAGAAA